AAGACGAGGAACUCUAUUCUUGUACUACCUACGGCGUAUCGGAAUCUCAACAGGAACCAGCAGCCAGCGGAUGCCAGUGUGGGGAUCACUCAGUCCCACAUGUGAUGGACCCCCAGCAGUGUGAUGGAGGCCAUGUGUCAGAGGGGUGUAACACUCCUGGUAAUGGGGACCACCGGCCCCCUCCUGCCAAACUGGUCCGCCUGGAGUUGAACGGUGGCGGGGGCCCCUCAGGUCCACACCAGGGCAGGACGAGACAGGGGAGCCCAGGGGUCAGAACUUUGGCCCCCAAACUCACCCCACCCGCACCGCAACCCAAGAACUGGCAUAAAAGAGGAAGCCUGCUGCCUGUGCUGUGUUUGGUGGAGCACAGAGAGAGCCCGGUCCUGGCAGUGGAGGCUGAGAGGAGAGAGGAGCAUGCAGAGUUUGUACUGGUCAGGAGAGACCUGCUGUUUAACCAGCUGAUAGAGAUGGCUUUACUGGCCCUGGGCUACUCUCACAGCUCAGCAGCACAGGCCAAAGGUUCGAUCCAGGUGGGUAGGUGGAACCCUGUCCCUCUGUCCUGUGUGACUGAUGCUCCUGAUGCCACAGUGGCUGACAUGCUGCAGGACCUCUACCAUGUGACCACCCUCAAGAUCCAGCUCACCAGUUGUCCCAUGUUGGAGGACCUCCCUCCAGAACAGUGGAGUCACUCCACAGUGAGAAACGCCCUGAAGGAGCUAUUGAGAGACAUGAACCAGAGCUCACUGGCCAAAGAGUGCCCUCUUUCCCAGAGUAUGAUCUCCUCCAUUGUUAACAGCACCUACUAUGCAAAUGUGUCGGCCUCCAAGUGCCACGAGUUUGGCCAUUGGUAUAAGCACUUCAUGAAUACCAAAGGCAUCGUGGAGAUUGACAGCUUCUCUGACCAAUCUCAAACGAGCUCCACACACCCAUCAACCAAACAAUCAUUCCCAGGCAGCACAGCCGAGCAGGUCUGCUCCUCACCCCUCCCCUUUCCUCACGGGGGUGCCACCCACACUUCUGGGCGUAGUUGUCUGGCCCCAAGUCUCUGCCCCCCGGGGCUGGUCCCCGCCCCCCUCAGCCCCCAGCUAGUCAGCCCCCAACAGAUAGUCAUGGCCCAGUUCCUCAACCAGCAGUAUGCAGUCAGCCAUAUGCUAGCCCAGCAAAGCCUGUCUGUAUCUGUUUCCACCUCCCCCCAGCAGUUCCUCAACCACCCCCCUGUGGGGAGGCCUCCCCCCUCCCUGGCCCUAGCCAAGGGCCUCGACCCCCCGCCCCAGGCUGGACCACCAGGACCCAGGUCUGGGUCCCAGAGCCAGGUGUGUGGACCAUCAGACAUCUCAUGUGAGAUCUACCAGUGGGUUAGAGAGGAGCUGAAGAGAGCAGGCAUCUCCCAGGCGGUGUUUGCCCGUGUGGCCUUCAACAGGACCCAGGGCCUGCUGUCUGAGAUCCUGCGUAAGGAGGAGGAUCCUAAGAGUGCGUCUCAGUCUCUCCUGGUCAACCUGCGGUCCAUGCAGAGUUUCCUACAGAUACUGGAAGGUGAUCGCGACCGUAUCUACCAGGAGGAGAGAGAGAGGAGUCUGAAUACAGCUGUUUUAGUAACCACAUCAACGCCUCUCUCCCCUCUGCAGGUGAGGCUGUCUCCAGUAGCAAGGGAGGGAUGUGUACUAGACAGAGGGGUGAAGAGGGAGGGAUGUGUUCUAGACAUCAACAGUUCUAUCUAUGAGGAGAUCCAACGGGAGAUGAAGAGAGCCAAGGUUUCUCAGGCCAUGUUUGCCAAGAUGGCCGCGUCCAAGAGUCAGGGCUGGCUGUGUGAGCUGCUGCGCUGGAAGGAGGAUCCGUCCCCGGAGAACCGAACCCUGUGGGAGAACCUGUGUAUGAUCCGGCGCUUCCUGAGUCUGGCCCAGAUGGAACGAGACGCCAUCUAUGAACAGGAGAGCAACACUCUGCAACAACACUGUACAGACAGACUCACACAGCUAGUCAACAACAACACACUGCUCCAACGCCACUCCCCAUUGCAACAACAACACCAUCAACGAACACUGAUCGCUCUGUCCCAGCUGCCCUUGCAGCCCCAGGCGGAGCCUCGCCUGCCGCCACGACAACCUGCAACAACAGCAUCACCGGCCGAGACUGAGGGGGGUAGGGGGCAACUGAGGACCUGGUGGGGAAGUAGGCAGGGUGAUGGGAAGGAAGAGGAUAUUACUGGUAGGGGUUGGAGCCAGGGCAAGGUUAGGGGUGUGUGUAACAAUGACAAGGAAGGGGGAGAGGGAAGGUGGGCGGGGGGCAGACAGACUAACGGCGAGGGCGAUGGUGGGAGUGAUGGCGAGGGGUUUCGGGUGUCCCGAGAGGCACAGGGGAUCCUGCAGAGCUUCAUCCAGGACGUUGGUCUGAACCCAGACAAGGAGGCUGUCCACACACUGUCAGCCCAGCUGGGCCUGCCCAAACACACCAUCCUCAGCUUCUUCCACAGCCAGCACCACAGCUACACUCACCAGAACCAUAGACAGUACUACAGUGAGAUCCAACACAACCAACAUCCGAGCCAGGACCACAACCAACACCACACGGACCAGAACCAGCUCUUCUAUAAUGGAGCAGGCCCAACCCAGCCUAAGAGAACUACAGGGGAGGAGUGGACUGUAGAUCUCGCUGGACAAAUGGGGGAGGGACGGGAGGAUAUGGAGCAGGAAGAGGAAAUAGAGGGGAAGGGGGAGGAGGACGCCAUUUUGAAAGAGUUGGAUGUGAGCAGUCAGACUAACGCCGUCGCCACCCUAGAGGAGGAGCAACAUGAUUCUAACCAAUCUGAGACUGCCCAACCACAUGACUCUGAUGAAUAACAUGAGUCCAUCCACUAGUUGUCCCCUUUAACCCAAUGAGAAUGCAUCAAUUUGAUAGACUCAUCUAGCUCUGCAGAAAAUAAUAUUAGCCUUUUCUGAAGAACUUUAGUAAUGAAUGAUGUGGUGUUAUAGGUGUUUCCCUUAUUUGUAAUGAAAGAUUUCAAUUAAAGACUAACUGUGAAAAUAAAUGAAAUUAUGUAGUUAUACAUGUAUGCAGAGUUAGUUUAAAGGCUCAGUGCAGUCAAAAACUAGAUUUUCCUGUGUUUUGGAUAUAUUUCCUCACUGAGGUUGGAAUAAAACAGUGAAAUUGUGAAAAGUAUGAUAAUGCCCUUUCAGUGUAAGAGCUGUUUGAACAUUUUUGCCUGUUUUGGUGGGGUGGAGCUUUGGCGUGCCUGGUGACAUCACCAGACGCUAAAUUAGUUAAUACACCAAUAAGAAAGAGAGUUCCAAACCUCUCUGCCAAUUAAUAGCAACUUUUCAGUUUUCCCGUCCUCACUCAGACCACUCCCAGACAGUCCUAGCAAAAUUUUUGCUUGAGAAAUUGCUAUUUGCUAAUAAGCUAUUGUUGUUUCUUUUUGACCAUUUUAACUAAAAAUAACCACAGUAAGGUACUUAAUUGUUACCUAGAAAUUCUUUGACAUUGAGAUAAAAAUGGCUGCAUUGGACCUUUAACUGUUGAGGAUCCAAUUUGAAAGACAUUAUGCCAACAAAUGCCUUGUUGUAUGUGGCACUACCCAUCUGUUCUAUGCCUAGAUCAUCCUCUCUGGAUUUAAAAGACAUUGAAAUGGGAAUAUUGAUAUUGAUCCACUGUCAACAGCUGUAUUAUAGACACAUGAUACAGUAUAGUGUUUUGGUUUCUUUCUCUUUUACAAAACUCUGACAACUAUGCUUUCUUACAUCGAUCUGUCAUAAUGUCCACGUACUUGUCUCUUUGACUGACAGUAAAAUGUAAAAGUGUCUUAAAGUCUUUGCUGAUCAACAUAGUUGAGGGACAUCACUCAAAUUUUGUACACAAAUUAUUUCACUCUAGCAAAUGUAGUGUAGGUCAAAUGCCUAAUUGUAGAAGAAAAGGCUAAAUAUGCAAAGGGUGUGUGUGUGUGUGUGUGU